CACAUGCCCCGCUCAAACAGAUUAAAAUGACAGCACAGUGUCAUGUGAACUUGUUACUUAUGUUUUUUUGCCCUCUGCUGGCGUUUGGAUGCGACUGAUUUUAUGCACUCUGAGCAUUGUGUAAUUAUUGACAUAAACAAUGGCGAGCUACUAGUUUAUUUUUUGAUUGAAAAUUUUACAAAUUUUAUUAAAACGAAAACAUUAAGAGGGGUUUUAAUAGAAAAUGUCUAUAACUUGUACUAACAUUUAUCUUUUAAGAACUACAGGUCUUUCUAUCCAUGGAUCGCUUUAACAGAAUAUAAUAAUAUAAUAAGUUAUAAUAAACAAAUACAGUACUUAUGUCCAGUAUGUUGAAUGUAUAUAUCAGUCUUGCGUCUUAUCUUUCCAUUCCAACAAUAAUUGACUGAAAAAUAUGGCAUAUUUUAGAGAUGGUUUGAAUUGCGAUGAAUUACUAUUCAUUUUUAAGCUGUAAUUAACUCGAUUAAAAAUUUUAAUGGUUUGACAGCCCUAAAACAAAACAAAAAAAUCAUCCAAACUGAGACUGUUAAACUGCAGCGUGUUGUCUUUCCGCUUUCCACGGAGUUGAAGGACGCCGCAACAUUAGCGCGACCACGUCCGGACAUAAAAUUGAAGUAAUGGCGUCGGUCACGCCCGCCGCUAACACGCACGCGCUUCCCCGGGGGACGUUUGGCCUCGAGUGGAAGUGAAAUACGAGCGGAGCGGUCGCUCGGGCUUUGCGCUCGUCGCCAAAGAACAUCAAACAUCAAUCAAGACGGCGGCCCGCGCGCGUCCGUCACUGCGUCUGCUGCUAUGUGUCUGUUUUUUUAAGUCUCGAGAACAAGUUGUGUCCUGGAAAAGCAGGACAGACUCAAUGGAAUGAAGGCAACUUUUCGGCUAGGUCGAGAGAAAAGAAAGAAUCCGAUGAUCUCCGCCAGCGACGCCGAGUUCCAGCGGGAUUACCGCACGCUGGCCGGCGGCGGAUCCCGGCGCUUCGUGGACGGCGCUUCCAAUGGGGGGUCGCCGGCGUCCCCGUCGCCGGAGAGGCGGCGCGCUGCCAUCCAGGCCAAGAGCCUGGAGGCCCUGGACAGCAUCCACAAAGCCGACGGCGCCGUCGCGCGUAACAAGAUGGACGGCAGCCCGGGCAGCCUGUCGCUAGGGGGCGCCGCUCGAGGACGACAGCAACAAGCUAACUAUUGGAGCUUCAAGAGUCGGACGCCUCGCGCCAGCGGGCCGAGUCCGACGCGGUCGGGCCGAGCUCCUUUUUUGUCGGCCGAACAUCCGGACGCCAUGUCGGAGCGCGACGUUCCGGCGGGCUUCAGCCGCAUGAACCGCCUACGCCAGAGUCUCCCGCUCUCUCGCUCCUCUGCCAGCCAAGCCAAACUUCACGCGCCAGGUAUGCUGUUCCUGCAGCUGGGCGAGGAGACGCGGCGCGUGCACUUGACUCACGAGCUGAGCAGCCUGGACACUCUGCGAGCGCUCAUCGUGCACAUGUUCCCUCAGAGGCUCACUAUGGCGACGCUCAGGUCUCCCAGCACGGCUCUGCUGAUCAAAGACGAGAGCCGCAACGUCUUCUACGAGCUGGAGGACCCGCGAGACGUGCGCGACCGCUGCGUCAUCAAGAUCUACUGUAAGGAGCCGGUCUACGGAACCUACCCGGGACCCCGAAACUCGCACAUGGCCAACGGGGACCUCAGGCGAGAGAUGGUAUACGCCCCCCAGGACUCACCCCCCAGCCGGCGCCUGGGCACAGCCCCGGCGUCCUCGCAGCAUUGCCCGGCCUCAUCUUCGCCGCAGGGCUCGCCAUCACGGACGCGCCUCCUCUACGGCGGGGGUGGGGUCCGUCCCUCGUCGUACGCCGGGCCUCCGCCCCACCACCAAGGCAUGUUGCUGGCACAUCACUCGCCCCCUUUACAGCAGCCUCUUUUCGGCGCCUCCUCCAGCGCCAUCUUGGAACGGCGCGACGUGAAGCCGGACGACGAGGCGGGCGGGGCCCGCGGCGUGGUCCUCCUGCGUGCCGACGAGAGGGGCGGGGGCGGCGUUUACGCCGACCCCUACUCUCUGGGCCCGGAGUCCCGCUCGGGGCUUGCCGGGGCGCCGCACUCGCCGCUCCCCAGUCGGAGCGACCCGUACGGCUCCUUGUAUCGGCGAGGGGGAGCGGGCGGGACGGUGUGCUCACUAAUGGAGGGCGGCGGCCUCUACCGAGCGGGCGGCGGCCUUUACAACGAUGCUUACGCGGCAUCUAUGUUGGCCGUCGGGCUGCGCGUGCCGCCGCCCUCCUCGCCACAGAAGAUUCCUGACAUGCGCGACACCUAUGGGGGCACACUGCCGUCCCGCGGCUCCCCCGCUAGAGGCGAGCGACGCCGCGACUCGGUGUGCCUGGCCGGAGAUGGUCCCAGGGCUAGGGGGCUGACUUCAGAACAGCUGUGCCUGAUGGCAGCAGCGGCGGCGGGAGCGGACGGGCUCCGAGCGGACGAGACGGAAACCAGAGAGCGCAUGGAGGUGAUGGAGAAGCAGAUCGCUAGCCUGACGGGACUUUUGCAGCGAGUCCUCAGCAGAGCGCCCGAUGACAACAGCCCGGAUAAAAUGGAGUCGGCCAGCGAUGGCUCGGGAACCGAACCUGGACCUGCUAAAAAAAACAGAAAAGCCGCGACUCCCUCUGGCCCACUGGCGCUGAUGCCGCCGCCCCCGUCCUCCGACCGGCCGCCGAGCGUGUCACGCGGGCAGAUGCGGCGCCAACUGUUGGGCUUACAGCAGAGCACCAACGCGCUGCGUACGCAACUCUCGCAACUACGCGACAUGCAGCUGGAGAAUCAGGAUUCGGUGCUGGCGCUGCUGAGGCAGACGGAAGCGGAGCUUAGCGUGCUGACGCUGGAGGCGACGGCGCGAACGCAAGAAGAUCCUCUGCAACGACAGCGCCUCCUAGUGGAGGAGGAGCGCCUCAAGUACCUCAAGCAGCAGGAAGCGCUGGUGCAAAAACUCCACGAACUGGAAGCUUGGGUAGAGGAUCUUCGGUUGAAAUCGAGCACAGCAACCCCGGCCGCGAGCCAACGAGACCUUCAGCUGAAAAGUGAAGAACUCAAAUCGUUGGCCGACACUCUGGCUAGCCUCAAGAGUCAGUUCCCGGGUCUUCAGAGCAAGAUGCGCGUGGUUUUGCGCGUGGAGGUGGAGGCCGUGAAGUUCCUGAAGGAAGAGCCUCAUCGUCUGGAUGCGUUGCUGCAACGAUGCGAUAACAUCCGACACUCGCUCAGCACACUUCGGAACAGACAGGCCAGCGAGAAGGAGCUGGAAGACGUGUCCGGCCAAUCGCAGACCAGUUCCCCCCUCAGCUUGACGGAUAGCCUGACAGACAACCUAAUGGACAGUCUGACGGAGAACCCGUGCGACGACGGAUGGAUGUCGGUUGGCGCCGCCGAGCCGGAAGAGACGCCUCCGCUGAGCUUUAGGAGUCGAGCGGCUGCUGAGAAAAGCCUUAACACGCUAGUGUCUGCUGACGUCACGCUGGCGGCGGAGCGCGACUGGGAGGAGAAGCGGGCGAGCCUGACGCAGUUCAGCGCUCAGGACAUCAACCGUCUGCUGGAGGAGACGCAGGCAGAGCUACUAAAGGCGCUGCCUGACUUGGACUUGGCCGCCAAGACUGUGGCCAAACCCGCCGUCCCCCCCAAACCCCAAAUUGCUCCCUGUACCGGUGAGCCGUCGCCGGGCAAAGUGCAGCUGGCGGCGCAGAAGCUCAACAGCAUGGAGAGCGGGGCCUCACAGCGAGGAGCAGCAGACGUGGGCGUGACCCGAUGCCGCACGGAGAAGCCAUCCAAGUCUCCGCCUCCGCCACCCCCUCGCCGCAGCUUCCCGUCGGCGCUCGUCGCCCACCGCAACACCGACAACAAGAACGCAAAGAUGGAGGACGGCGAGCUGCCUAAAGCGCUGGCCAAGCUGAGGCGGACCCCCUGUGAUGCGCCGCGCCCUGCUUCCACGCCGCCCGUCAUGCCAAUGUCGGACCCGCAGGACGCUGACGACAAGGAGAUCCUCGGUGGUUCACCGGCGUCCGUCAAAGGUCCGACGGUGGCGGCCCGCCUCAAACAUUUAGAACAAGGAGGACGUAAGUCCAAAGAGGACGUCAAAGCCUUUCCGGGGGGACAGCAGCAGGUUUUCCACUUCUAGUAGACGCCGUCCAUCGUCAACGCUUCCUUCUCGUCAUCAUCGUGUUGACGAGACGCUCGCCUAACAAAGCACAAAGGAUGAUUUGGUCAGGGAUUAGGGUCGUCGUCGCGUCGGAUCUUUGUCAAAAUGGAUCAUGGUCAGCGGAUGCCCUGAAGUUCACCCCUACAUUCUUCUCUUUUGCCUCACGUUGAUGACAUCACAGGAAAUUACAACGUUGGAUUUUGGGGUUUGGAAGAGGGAUGUGGGGUUAGGGUCGUCGUUGCGUCCGAUCACAGUUAAAAUGGAUCACGGUCAGCGGCAGCCCUAAGGUUAACCUUGUCCUUCAACUCUUUUGUCCCAUGUUGAUGACAUCACGAGGGGUGACGAUGUCGGAGGUUGGAGUUUAGGUUGGGGAAGUUGUUAUGUCUGAUCUCAGUCAAAACGGAUCAUGAUCAGCAGCAGCCCUCAAGUUGAUCCCCUCUGUCUUCUCUUGCGUCCCACGUUGAUGACAUCACGACAAAUAAUGAGUUUGGAGAUUGUGGUUUCAGUUGGGGCUAAGGGGUUAGGUGAAUCGUUACGUCUGAUCCCAUUCAAAAUGGAUGACUUGUCAGCGGCAGCCCUCGAGUUGAUCCCUUCGGUCUUCUCUUGCGUCCCACGUUGAUGACAUCACGGCAAAUGAUGAGGUCGGAGACUGGGGUUUCGGUUAGGGCUGAGGGGUGGUCGUCGCGUCCGUCCCAGUCAAAUUGGAUCACAGUUAACGGCAGCCCUGAAGUUAACCCCCUCCUUUUGUCUUUUGUCCCAUGGUGAUGACAUCACGAGAAAUGACGACGUGGGAGGUUGGGGUUUAAGUUUGGGAUAAGGGGUUAGGGUCGUCGUUAUGUCCGAUUCCAGUCAAAAUGGAUCAUGGUCAGCAGCAGCCCUGAAGUUAACCUUCUCUUUCCUCUCAUUCGUCCCACGUUGAUGACAUCACGGGAAAUGAUGAGGUCGGAGACUGGGGUUUGGGUGGUCGUUGCGUCUGAUCCCAGUCAAAAUCGAUCACGGUCAGCUGAGGCCUCCAGUUAACCCUGUCCUUCUUCUGUCCCAUGUUGAUGUUAUCACGGGAAAAGACGAUGUCGGAGAUUGGGGUUUAGGUUAGGGAUUAGGGUUAUGGACGUUGUCAUGGAGAUUGGGGUUUAGGUUAGGGAUAGGGUUAUGGACGUCGCGGCUGAUCCCAGUUAAAG